GUUGCUACUCCCCGUCCUACCAGAAGUGGCGCGCCCUCUUUGGUUCCCACCCUCUAAGGUGUGAGGUAGAGAAAACACUCGGCCUAGAGGGGGAGCCUAAGCCAAUUUCAAGACAGCCAAGGCUCUCGGGUUAGCGCGUGGGGCGGUGUGGCAAGUGUGAGCACCACAGGUCUUGACCAAACCUAGGUUUCUUAAGGAAAAAAAGAAGUAGCGCGCGGGGACCCGGAGAGUUGUGAGCUUCCCCUACCGAGGCAACCCUAUAAACCGCUGACCCGGAAGAGCUGGGCUCCGCAGCAGAGCGAGGGGGCGCUUGCGUACUUGGGGAGGGAGGCCGCGGCUGGUAGGCUGCCCCGCGCCCGCCUCUGCGUACGAGGCACACAGAUCCCAAUCCCAUUCGCGGUCGCACAGAAGCCCCGCCACCGGUCCCUUCUGAUUACGCCACACCAUGCCCCUCAGCCUCUUCCGGCGCCUUCUCCUUGCUGCCCUGAUGCUGGUGAUUAUUUGGACCCUUUUCGGGCCCUCAGGCAUCGGGGAGGAGCUGCUGAGCCUCUCACUGGCCUCCCUGCUCCCGGCGCCGGCGUCCCCCGGGCCGCCCCUGGCCCUGCCCCGCCUCCUGAUCCCCAAUGAGGAGGCAUGUGGGGGUCCCGGCGCCCCACCCUUCCUGCUCAUACUGGUGUGCACGGCCCCAGAGAACCUGAACCAAAGAGACGCCAUUCGGGCUUCGUGGGGCGGGCUGCGCGAAGCCCGAGGGCUCAGGGUGCAGACACUCUUUCUGCUGGGAGAGCCAAGUUUGCGGCAUCCCACCAGGGAAUCCCACGAGAUCGACCUGGCACGAGAGGCAGCGACUCGGGGAGACAUCUUGCAGGCGGCUUUCCGGGACUCUUACCGGAACCUUACUCUCAAGACUCUCAUCGGGCUGAGUUGGGCAUACAAACAUUGCUCCAUGGCCCGCUACAUCCUCAAGACGGAUGAUGACGUGUUUGUCAACGUCCCUGAACUGGUAUCGGAGCUGGUUCGGCGAGGGGGCCGUUGGGAACAAUGGGAGAAAAGCAUGAAGCCUCCAAGAGAGAAUAAGUUUGAAGAUGAAGAGUGGGAAGAAAGGUCCAUCUUCAGGGGCCAGCCAAUGCCUCUUUUGUACCUGGGCCGCGUGCACUGGCGGGUGCACCCCUCUCGGACACCAGGGAGCAAACACCAGGUAUCAGAGGAGCAGUGGCCUCCCACCUGGGGCCCCUUUCCACCCUAUGCCUCUGGCACAGGGUAUGUGCUGUCAGCUUCUGCCGUGCAGCUCAUCCUGAAAGUGGCCAGCCGGGCACCCCCUCUACCACUGGAAGAUGUCUUUGUGGGGGUAAGUGCCCGACGAGGAGGCCUUACCCCAACCCAUUGUGUCAAGCUGGCUGGGGCCACCCACUACCCCCUGGACCGGUGCUGCUAUGGGAAAUUCCUGCUGACAUCCCACAGGUUGGACCCCUGGAAGAUGCAGGAGGCCUGGAAGCUAGUGGGAGGCUCUGAGGGAGAAAAGACUGCACCCUUCUGCUCCUGGCUCCAGGGAGUCUUGGGCAUCCUGCGGUGUCGGGUAAUAGCCUGGCUUCACAGCUGACAGUGUCUGGGGCCACAGCAGAGUGAGGAGCUCAGGGUCUAGCCAGCACCCCUCACAGCCGUCUCUCGCCCAGGCCCACGGCAGGGGCCCUAGCUGGCUACAGAUGGCCACUUUCCGCUAUCAGAUGCUCAGUCUAUCACUGAAGAUAGAGAAAUCGAGGGGCCUGGCCUGCCAGCCCCAAAGAUGGUCACCAGGAAGAGCAAAACAAUGCUGGGGUUGUUCUCUCCAGCCAUAGGAGAGGGGCACAAGCUCCUCAAUAAACUUGUCUCUCUACC